CCUCUGACGCAGAGGCUGACGGGAGUUACAAUUCGCCGUUUUGCAAACUACGACUCCCAAGAUUCUCCGCGCGUGGAAGACCGGCACGAGAGAUGGGCGAUGAAGAGGAUACGGGCAAGCCGCGGGUGCUGCAGAUGGUACGAGCUGAAGGGGCAGAUAAAAGCUGUGUCACGUUUGUGCUCCACAACGAGGACCACACCCUGGGCAACUCCCUCCGGUACAUGAUCAUGAAAGACCCUGAAGUGGAGUUCUGUGGCUACAGCAUCACCCAUCCUUCCGAAAGCAAAAUCAACUUCCGGAUCCAGACCAAAGGAGGCCUCUCUGCUCUUGAGGUGUUCCAGAAGGGCCUGGAGGAACUCACAGAUGUUUGCCAGCAUGUGCUCAGCAAAUUCGAGGCAAGCAUGGAGGCGUACAAGGCACAGAAGGACGUAAACAUGGAGUAGCCCCUGUCGGGGGGGGCAGCAUGGCAUGCACCAUUGUACAUAGUGACUGUUGUUGGGUUGUGAUUCGGGGGCAAGGCUUUAUUUUUUUAUGGACUUGGGGUGGGCUUUCCUAAUAAAUACUAAAUUACCUAAUCCGCAUUCUUUGUUCAUUCUCAGCACAUGUUAAAAACAGCUCGUCUGAAGAAUACUGUAUGUUAAAAUCGUAUGUUCUGUGACAAAGAAUCAGAACUUAAGUAACUGCAAUAUGUUAGUAAAACUCAUUGACACUGUUGUGGGUUGAAAACAAAUGAUUAUUGGCAAUCACCAGUAAAUGCUGACCAUCCUUGUGCCAACGAUUGUUGACAUUAAACACUGAUUAUCAUUUUUGUGGUGAGUGAAUAUCAAAAAGUGGACACUCCAUUAACAAAGUCACACAAAACACAUGAUUUAUUUGAUCGUGUAAGCUGUAUAUGGAGGCAGUAGAUGCAGUUUUAAUUUUAGGGCGCAUCUUUAUAGCAUCAGUUUGACCAGUAAGGAAUUCUGACAUCUAAGGAUGGUCAAAAGUUGUUUGCAGCUAUGCUGAUCCAGAAUAAUAAUUAAAAAAUCACAACCCGCGUAACAGUUUUUAUUAGGACUAGCCAAUGUGACAGAAAACAGGGUGCAAGUUUGAGUCCAUCUGAACUUAUGCCAGGCCGAAUGAGGGUGCCUCAUCGUUGAGAUGCAAUAACUUCAGAUGCGUCAAGGUUUUAUCAGAUCUCUCUGCCUAUCCAAAUGGCCGCAUUGAACAAAAAGAAAAUAUAGUGAUGGGGCACACCAUUUAGCUUCCUGGGAAUAUCAGCUGCGCCCGCCAUUCCCCCCCAGCGGCAUCUGGUGAAAUAUUGCAAGCUAGGAAGUGAGGGUAGAGCAGGUCAGGGGCAGGCAGAUGAGUCCCCAAAAUGGCUUUUUGUCCCCCCUGUCCUAUUUGCAGUUUUACCAAAUAAGCAAAUAUUUGUAAUGCUUAACUAAGACAAACCCCAGAGUUGAGAACCAGCAUCGUCUCAUGGUUAGAGUGUCCAACUAGGAUCUGGGAGGGUUAGCAGUCAGACCCCUCCUCUCGCCGGGGAGGGGGGCAGUCUAUAGACAGAAAAACCCAUAUCGAUAUCCGCUCACAUAUCAUGAGCUGCAAUGCACUGCCUGGCCUAAAGCAUCAGACAAUAGAUGCCAGCAAGAGACAAGUCUGGACCAUAAAAAACAUUGCAAAAGGACACAAGAUGGAUGUCAGCCAGGGCAAUUCUGGACAUAUAGAUCAGAAGUGUGCAGGAAAGAGCGGUGGACCUGCUAAUGACCCCUUCCCACCCUAAAGAGAUGCAUUGUUCAGGACAAUGGGUCUCCCAAAAUAGGUUGCCUCACCUUGGGUUAACCUUGUCACAUGCCCAGCCUCAGUUCCCCUUACCCAUUUACCCUAAUUUAGCAACACUUAACACUAUUCAUAAAACCUGGCAGCUUCUCCCGUCCAGUACUUAGUAGAUCAUGAAGAAACAUUAACAAGGGGGAUCCAAUAGAUAUUGUUUACCUUGACUUCCAGUAAACUUUUGAUAAAGUUCCUCA